AUGGGAUAUAUGUCCAAGGCCAUGGUUGCUGUUCUGAACUUACUUGUUUGUUAUUCAUUCUUCCACGUGGCAAGAAGCUCCCAGGUGGACCCUACCCUUGGGUUCACUGAUGUUCCAUUGAACCAAUCAAAUCUUAUAGUUGAGAGGCCUUUUAAUGUACCUGAAAAUAAACGCUAUAGCUUUGUCAAUGGAGUGCACAAGAUGUGGGUGUACUCCACGGACGAUCCUCACUCCUUAUAUAGCAGAACCUUACCCCGAACAGAAAUAGGCAUUAGCGGAUACGGUUAUAAGUCUGGGGUAUGGCAAUUUGAAGGGCAUGGUUUUGUGCCGAAUGGUACUUCUGGCGUGUGUAUUAUGCAAGUGUUCGGGGCAACCCCUCCUCGUGCUUCCACUUUUAUGCUUAGAACGUACAAAGGUUCUCUUAUGUAUUAUAGAAGUCCAAUUUUGGUUCCAGACAUAUGGAGGAGAUGGUUUAAGUUAAAUGUGAUCCAUGACGUCGAUGCCUCGUCUGUGAAGAUUUACAUUGAUGGGGUUCAGCUUUAUGAGGCGCCUGGUCGUGGCGGUAACUACCAUUCCUUCAAGUUCGGGGUUUACUCACAAAGUGAUUAUUCUUACUGUAUGGAGUCUCGUUGGAAGGGAAUAAGAGUUCUGAAAAAAAAUUCAUGA